AUGAGCAUCCGUGAGCUUGAUCGCUGUAGCAAAUGCUCAGUCUAUGCUGAACUUGAAUCCGGCCCAGUGCACCAGGUCAGUAAAAACUUGGAAGCCCAAAUUAUUCUCAGACGCGAAGCUACCGAAUGCGAGACAGAAUUACUGUACCUCCGUAAACAGACCAAAGAUUUCCCCACCCCUGUCUCGCCUGUCUCCUUCUAA